ACAACUCAAACUACACUUUCGCUCCGUUCUUCAAUCUCUCGCACACACGCAAACACCGAAAUUCUCUCUCUUUCUCUCUCUCAUGGCCCUCUCUCUCCUCUGCUCUCCGAAAUUUCUGACCCUACUGCUACUGCUUUCUGCCAUACCCAUAGGAAUCAUCGUCACUUUGGAGAGAGCUCAAUCCCCCACCCACGUCUAUCACUAUCACAGUUCUGGAUGGUUCAGAGAGUGCGCUAAGUGGGAUUCUUCUCACCGCCGCUUCAUCGUUUCCUUUUUCGAAGGUGGUAUCGGCCAGGUUCUUCUGCCGGAGAAGGAGGACUUGACGUCGCCGUUAGAGGAAGUCACGGUGGUGAAAGAACCCCAAUUGGCCGGAAAUGCUUCUCUGGGUAUUGCCGUUGACGUAGCCAGAAACCGUGUUCUGGUUGUUAACGCUGACGUGUUCGGAAAUCGAUACGGUGCGCUUGCAGCUUACGAUCUUUCCACUUGGAAUCGCCUCUUCUUUACCCAACUCGCUGGUCCCAGUGAUGAGAAAUCUUUUGCAGACGAUGUUGCAGUGGAUGCUGAAGGCAAUGCCUAUGUUACUGAUGUAAAAAGCAAUAAAAUCUGGAAAGUUGGGGUGGAAGGGAAGCUUCUAUCAAUCAUUAGAAGCCCACUGUUCACUGCAAAAGAAUGGUACAGGAACUUGUUUGGACUAAACGGAAUAGUUUACCACCCAGAUGGGUUCCUGAUAGUGAUUCACACAUUCAGUGGGAAUUUGUUCAAGGUUGAUUUAACAAAGGGAGAGGAAGUGAAAUUGAUAAAGGUAAAGGGAGGGUCCCUUACUUUUGGAGAUGGGUUAGAACUACUAUCUCCAACUAAGUUGGUAGUUGCUGGGAAUCCUUCUGGGAGAUUAGUGGAAAGCUCAGAUGGGUGGAACACAGUUUCAGUGGUUGGAACAUUCGCAGGGCCUAAGCAUCGCUUGGCUACAGCAGCAACUGUGAAGGACGGGAAGGUGUAUUUGAACCAUAUGGUUGGAAUGGGAUACCCCAAAAAGAAGCAUGCUCUUGUUGAGGCAGUUUUUUAGAUGAUACUCUAGAGAAUUCAACAGUGGGGAAUAGGGGAUACGGGGAUCAUACAUUUACAGAAGAUUUGGUGUAUCUUCGCUUAUUUAUGUUUGGUUUUGUUUCGUUUCUUGUCCUCAAUGGUUUCCCUUGAAUCUGUCUCUGAACCUAACAUUUGGAUUUUAAGAAGCUCGCGUAGGUUACCCUGUUGUCUUGGGUACAUCCCAACUGAUCCAAGGCCUUUCUUAUUUCUGUUUUGGGUGAUCACUGAUAGAAGGCAUGAUAAGCACAUCUUAUGGUCUAUAUAACAAGUUUUUCUUAAAUU